ACUCCCUACCUCACACUCACACACUCACACACACACACACACACACGCACUCUCACCUUCACAUACAUAGAGGGGGAGGGGGUGGAGGCUGCCUGCUGCAUGUGUGAACUGAUGUCUCGCAUUGUGACAAACAGCAACUCUCCCACACUUCAACUCUGACCUCCAAGAGUGCAGGGAGUAUUAGAGGAGCAGAGGUUUGUUUGAGGAGUCACUGUGGACGUUUUGUGCCAGACAGGCAGUGGACGAUCUUCACGUCAGGAGACAAUCUCGGGAAAUUUAAGAAAAGCAUUCAAGCAUUCAACCCGCUGCAGCGCUGACUGGAGAAUCUGUGUUUUCAUUGCAACAGCUGUCUGCAAGGGCAGAAUGUGGAGCCACUGAGCGGAAAGUCAAAGCCAGGUCUACGUGAAAAAGGAAAGCCGAAAAGGAGAAGAAAACAAGGUCAAGUUUGAGAUCAAGCUGCAGCCAGACGGAGCCAGUGGAAUGGACCAACGUGCAAGUUGGAUUAACCCCAGCGUUCCUGCAGUGCUGUCUGAAGAAGAGGAAGGUUGAAGAUCUGGUGCCAGAACGACAUUCAAACACCUGAAGGACGAUGAAUGGAGAUGUUCUUUAGCUGAACCUGAAGAAAACUCUGACAUAAAACACCUCUGCGUGAGUUGGGAUUAAACACACCAACGGCUAGAGGAGAAGGAGGUGGAGGAGGAGGAGGAGAGGAGCCAGGGGCCCCAGAGCACUGCUGGUGCAGCGGCCCCAGAGCAGGAGAGGCACAGGAGCGGCCAGGACGCUGAACAGGACCAGGGUUCCGAGGGGGGCCUCGAGGGUGGGGGAGAGGUGGCGGGCGUCGGGCGCCGUAUGGCCGUGCAGAGGCUGGUGGUGGCGGCUGUGACUGUAGCCCUGCUGUCCCUGAUACUGAACAAUGUGGCCGCCUUCACGCCCAGCUGGGUCCUGCAGGCCCUGGAGGACGGCCGCAAGAGGAGCGUGGGACUGUGGAGGAUGUGUCCCACUGGAGGGGAGAGGGGACGCGAUGACUUUCAGGUCGGGAGAAGGGGGCAGGGGACGCAGAGGCAGUGUGUGACUCUGGGAUGGGGCUCGGAGUACGCAGGGUACCAGGAGUCUCGCAGCACGGUGAAAUUGCAGUUUGACAUGAUGCGAGCGUGCAACCUGAUGGCGACGGUGGCCUUGACGGCCGGUCAGCUGAUCUUCCUGCUGGGUCUGAUGGAGUUGCCUUUCAUCUCACAGGAGUCACAAUGGUGGGAGGAAGCCAUCGCUGCACUCUUCCAGUUGGCCAGUUUUGUGCUCGUGAUCGGACUCGUCACCUUCUACAGGAUCGGACCGUACACACACCUGUCCUACUCCUGCUACUUGGACAUAGCUGCUUGUCUGUUGGCAACCAUGGCAGCCGCUAUGUUGAUCUGGAACAUUUUACACCGCCGUGACGACUGCCUGGCGCCCAGUGUCAUUAUCAUCAGCCGCUCACUGGCGUCUCCUUUUCACCCCCGUCUGGAAAAUGACUAUGUGGAGUCACCGUGUUGAGUUCUCAGAGAUUCUGAGGACACUUCUGUGACUCAACUGCAGAUGGACUGACAAAUGUUUAUUUCAAAACUUGCCCCUCAAAAAAAUAUAUAGAUAUAGAUAUAAGAGCAACGGCUGCAGCUCACAGGCCAACAGUCGUUUUUUUAAUAUUUAAAAAAACAAAAACAUGAAGCUUUAGAUAUAGAUCAGACUCUACUGGAGUUUUUCCAAUAGGACUGGAAGUACCUCACAUGUACUGUACAUGUACUGUAAGUUUAUGGGACUGUGAGGAUAUUCAUCACUCAGUCAUGCAGUAAAUUAAUAUCAUGGUCUUGACCCAGAAUUCCUGGUGUUCAUUAUUGGGAGCUGAUGUUAAUUUGGUUGAAUAUGUUCUGUUCCUAUGGAGAAUCAAACAAGACAGAGAGAUUAUGUGUGAAACUACGUAGAAAUAGAAGCAAAGUUUUGUUUUAUCUUCUAUUUUACUCUAAACUUUACUCUUUACUCUGAAUUGUGAUUUCCUGAAUUGACCUCAGAUUUUUCUAGGUUUGAAUUAGACCUAAGAGAAACCAACAAGAAACAAAAAAAGCUGACGUUGUUACUUAUUGGUUUAUCUCUGGGUUUAUUUUCCAAAGGUUCCAAACCAUGAAUUAAGUCUAAAUUUUCUCUGGAUUUUUUUUUUUUGCACCCUUCUCCUGACUGCAUGAGAACUUUAAUUAUUAGAUACUUUUUUGCAUCCUCCUGUCUGAUCUUAAGACAUUCUUACAUCUCAGGGUUGUUCAAGAAUUGGUUUCAUCAUCCAUAACUGGAGCAGAGAUGGUUAGCAAAAGGCUACGUCCAUUUCCUAGCCCACCUGGUACAACCGGUGUAUGUAAAAAAAUGAAUCACAGAUGUUUGGUGACCCACGUCAGUAUCCGUACCAGUACCAAAUGUGGACCACAUACAGUAUCCACCUGUUCUAAACUAAACCUGGUCCUCUACUGACUCCACUCUGAACCAGUCUGAUCCAGGAAUAUGCAAGAAAAUGGCCCAUUGAACAGUGUGUAGCCCAGAUGUUGGUCACCGGACAUCAGAUGCAGACCACUGUCAGCUACAGUGAGGGCAAAGUGGAAUAUGUUAUAGUCCACAGUAUGGAGCAGCCCCAAAUCUUCCAACAACUUUAUUUAUCCAGACCCGGAAGAACUAUGGAUGACAUCUGCGUUAACCUGCUCCUGAUGAGAAGAUCAAGCUGGAACUUGACCUGUUUUCUUACAUAUGCACUUAUCAGACGGUCUCCUGUGGUAUUAGAAAUUGGAAGGUGUAGAAUACUAUAUUUUACCAGAAUACCUCAUACGUGUUUUAUGUCAUUUUAAAGCUAAUUUCAACUUUAGUUAAUAUGGAUAUAGAAAAUAUAUUUAUAUAUAUACAGUAGGUUAACUAACAAGAUGAAGGCAGAAGAGUUCGAUUCAAGCAUUUAACUUUUUCACAGGGCAUUUUCAAAGCAGUGACAAAUUUUCACAAAAACGCGUUUUGUAUGCAACAAAAAUUCAACUUAACAGUUUUAGCACUACUUGUUAAACUAAUGGCAACAAAUGUAUGGACAACAAACUGUUUUUUUGUUUGUUUUGUUUUUAAAAGGCACAUUUUACCACUUUUUAUGACUUCCUCCCAUGAGAAACUCUGCUCGCUUGUGGUACAUAUUGUAUACUUUAAAUUAUACAGAAUAACACUGUUGUGUAAAGAAUAGUGCUAUCAUUAGUCUUCAUUAUUAGUGUUAUUAUUUUAAUUUCUAUUAUUAUUAUGACCAUAUUGUAUUUCCAUAGAGGACUCCAGGAUUCUUUCCACACUAGAGGCACAUUGAGAUUAUAUUAAUAUAUCAUACAAAUGCAAUAAAUCUACUGGGUAAUAUUCAAA